CACGCUCCCGAGGCGCCUUCCAAGUCUCCGCUCCUGCGAGGGAGCCGAGAUGUCCGCAGGGCCGCGCUUCGGCCCUGGCCUGACGGUGCCACGGCAAAGCUCCCCGCUCGCCCCUUCCUCCCUCCCUGCACCCAAACGCACGCACAGGGGGUUUUUUUUUUUUGCUUUUUUGUUUGUUUGUUUGUUUUUUUCGCUCCCAACCGCUGUGCCGGCUUGGGGAGAAGAACGCCUUCGGAGCUCGGACCGUAGCACCAGUUGCUCUUUGAACCGUGUUGGCAACCUCCGGAUGCGACAGAGCAAUUAAAUGCAAUUCCCUAACAGUCUUCACUUAAAGAUUAACUCUGUUCUGAAACCGCUUAGGUUGGCAGGUGAAAGACAUGUCACGGAGACAUGAUCUUUGUUCUGCUCCAGCUUAAAAGGCCCAGGGGUGGCAGGUAUCGUCUCCGCGUCAGAUCUGGUUUGUUUUGCUGGCAGUACAAAGCGCGUUGCACCCUUUCUCUUCAGUACGAGCCAAACGCAGCACUUGUUUCUCGGGAUGGGAGGCAGACGGAGGGACGGGUCUUGCGUUAUAAAACGUUAAGAUCGCCAAGAGAUGCUCCCUGGAAGCCUCGCUGGUGGCGACGCGCUAGGAGCUUCAAAGAGAAACCCGAUCUCAGGGCGGUGUCGUUCCCGCAUCGCCCCAAAUCUGAGGCUGCGAGUCGACUGGAGAGUUCGCGAGUCCGAGCGCGAGCGGCGACCGGGGACGACGCCGUUGGGUUGACUCCCUUCGCCAGGCUUCCUGCCCUUUUCGGGAGCCUGAUUCCUGGAAAGGAUUUUCACUCUCCGUUUGGCUAUUAGGCCCCGACUGAAACGCCUCUAAUUCAUUGUGUGCAGACGCUCCUAGAUCCGUUACUCUGCUCACGUGAGAAUUGAAAAGAGGGGCUUUCCGCAAACUCAGCAGUUUCCUGCCCAGCUUCGCAGAGCGUUUUCUGACUCUGGCUGAAUUCUUUUCUUCCUUGCAGGACAAUAUCCCACCCAGCCGUCCUACCCGGUCCAGUCUCCGGGCAAUCCUCCCGUGUACCCACAGACUAUGGCCCUUCCUCAGCCGCCGCCAUACACGGACGCACCUCCUGCUUAUUCUGAGCUUUAUCGUCCCAGCUUCGUGCCUCUGGGGGCUGCCACCGUACCUACAAUGUCUGCGGCGUAUCCGGGCACUUCGGUGUUCCUACCCAUGGCCCAGUCGGUGGCCGUGGGUCCGCUAGGCUCUUCAGUCCCCAUGGCGUAUUACCCCGUGGGACCUGUUUAUCCUCCAGGCUCCACAGUCCUCGUUGAAGGCGGCUUUGAUGCUGGAGCAAGGUUUGGGGCUGGUGGAACAGCCAGCAUCCCUCCCCCCCCUCCUGGCUGCCCCCCCAACGCCGCCCAGCUGGCCGUAAUGCAGGGAGCCAACGUCCUGGUGACGCAACGGAAGGGAAACUUCUUCCUGGGAGGCUCAGAUGGCGGCUACACUAUCUGGUGAAGAAGGAAGGGGAGGGGGAAAAAGGGGGGGCUACAUUUGUGUAAGGAAAGACAUCACAUACUGUCAGCACUUCUCACAAUGUAACUGCUUUAG